UUUGACCGACGGGAAUACAUUUCCUAAUCCAGCAUAUUCUUAGAAGCAUCCGCUGAUUGGUAUACACUGUCCCUGAUAUCAUUUUUUAACCCGUCAAGGUAAAACCUUCACGGCAGCCUCCGGAUCCUUGGGACUUUAUUUGACUUCAGAUAUACUUCCCAUCCAAGCCAUCCCAUCACCAUUUCCGCCAACCAAUCUGAGAUCUCCAUUGUAACGACCAGGGGUAGGAGAGUGCAGCCACGACAUGAUAGGGAAAAGUUGUCUACCCCGACAGUAUCUUGAACAUAGGAAGAGAAGCCUUGUAAGCAUCAUGGAUGUACUCCUCAUAGAUCCAUACAUGUAACGUACAGAUAUACAUACAUGUAUAAACAUGUACGGGUUUCCGUGGUGGAGACACAAUACAUGUACUGUACUUGUUUCUGCCUUGCCCUAUACAGCGGGAACGAAGUCCCAGCCUUGCAUGAUGCUCAACUGCUCGAUAAUUGUAUCCAGUUCUUCGAUCCAGUGUAUUACUGGACAGUGCCACGAUCGGAACACAUAUGUUCACAGGGCACGUAGAUCGGAUACAUGUAUGUCCACCAUGUAUGUACCAACACAAUCACGAUAUCUCGUGACCAGAGGUUUCCCCGGGUCCAUCAGCGGUCCCCAUUCCGAGGAAAACUGGAGACCAUGGCCUUCUCCAGAGUACAGAACUAGGGAGUAACCGAAGUCAUACCCACCGAUAAAGUCCUCUUUUGACAGUCUCCAUGUACGAGUCUCAAGUUGGCAUAGUUAGACUUUGGAGUGGAGUUAUACCCGACAUAUGCACUCCAGUCGCAGUUGACUGCCUCCCUCUGUCCGGUCGCACUUUGUAGGGGACGAUGCCCACAUUGGCCCCCAUCGCAAUUUGUAGUACCAAUGAAUCUCCCCAAUUUCAUGGCAUUAUUCGUGAGUGAUGGCCCUGAUAUUUCCCAUCAGACCACGUUACCUCUCGUUGAAUGUCAAUCGUACCAUCGAGGAUUACCUCGUACCGUAGAAUAGAGUACUGUGUACAUAGGAACCAACACUGCUUCUCCUCAUCUUCUCCUCACCUUAUUUUUGUUUCCCCUCCCUUCUUCUUCGUCGUUUCUAGAUCUCUCCCCGCAUUCUUUGCGGAUCUUGCGACGCCACGUGCGUAGUUGACCUUUUGUCGUCAUGCCGUGAAGGUAGUAUGGCAUCUGGAGAAGGUGACAAUUCUUUUGGGGGGUCCAAUGUUUGGUUGUUCGGAUUGGGAAACGGUGGUUGCUCUUGACCAUUGCCGAGGACGUGGGGCAGACCAAUUUCCAACGAGAAUGUUACGGUACUCCCUGAUGAAUCUAACCUCGUAUAUGAGCAAGGAAAGUUAUGUAAUGGCAUAAUUGUCCUGCCUAAAAAAAAAAAAAAAA